AUGAUGCCAAUGUCGAUGUCUCGCCGCGGAUUGCUGUUGUUCGUCGCCGUCUUCCUCGUCCUGCUUCAGUCUUCCACUUCUCUGAUUAGUUCUCCCAGUUCUAUCAUCAACCCUUCUAAAGUCAAACAGGUUUCUUCAAAACCCAGGGCUUAUGUAUAUGAAGGUUUUCUGACGGACCUGGAAUGUGAUCAUUUAAUCUCCCUUGCGAAAGAGAAUCUGCAGAGAUCUGCGGUUGCUGAUAACGAUAAUGGCGAGAGUCAAGUCAGUGAAGUUCGAACCAGCUCCGGCACGUUUAUCUCCAAAGGAAAGGAUCCAAUUGUUUCCGGAAUAGAGGACAAGCUCUCCACAUGGACAUUCCUCCCAAAAGAGAACGGGGAAGAUCUUCAGAUCUUGAGAUACGAGCACGGUCAGAAAUAUGACAAUCACUAUGACUACUUUCACGACAAAGUCAACAUUGCCCGUGGUGGACACCGCAUAGCAACUGUCCUCAUGUAUCUAUCCAAUGUCACAAAGGGUGGCGAAACUGUUUUCCCUGAUGCAGUGGAAUCUUCUCGCCGCAAGCUUUCUGAAAACAAAGACGAUCUUUCUGAUUGUGCAAAGAAAGGGAUUGCUGUGAAACCGAUAAAAGGAAAUGCUCUGUUGUUCUUCAACCUCAACCAUGACGCAAUCCCGGAUCCAUUUAGCCUUCACGGAGGUUGUCCUGUGAUCGAAGGAGAGAAAUGGUCGGCGACCAAGUGGAUCCACGUGGACUCGUUCGACAAGAUUAUUACACAAGACGGUAACUGCACGGAUGUAAACGAGAGCUGUGAAAGAUGGGCAGUGCUUGGAGAAUGCGCAAAGAACGCAGAGUAUAUGGUGGGAACUGCUGAGCUCCCUGGGAACUGCAGGCGUAGCUGUAAAGCUUGUUAA